AUGUCUCCUAAGGAGGUCAAUGAGGAUUUUGCUUUCCAUAGAACAUUUGAUAGACCAAAACCAGACAUCAGAAAAGAUCAGUGGUUUGAGUUCUUCCACACUGAGGAAGAAGUCCAGCUUGGUUGUAAUAUAUCUGGUGAUGGAUGGAAGUAUGACUGGUACAAAAACUCAGAAACCUUGAUCACAGAUCCAACCUUCACUAUCAGCUCAGCAUCUCUCUCUGACACUGGUGUCUAUCACUGCAAAGCAAAGAGAGGAGACUUCUCAGUGGACAGCGAGACUCUACAAGUGCGAGUUAAAGCUCGUCCACCUGCAGUUCUGAGUCUGGAGACUGAAUUGAGCGACAUCACGUCUGGAAAUAUUCUGACCCUCAGGUGUAACAUCUCAGACGGCAGACAGUGGAACUACACCUGGUUCGAGAACGGACAGAAGCUCAAUGGAUCGUCACGUAUGUUCAAAGUCACAGCAACUGAAGAAACUAUUAAAAGUGAAUUCAAGUGCAAGGGAAUAAGGACAGAGAGACCACUGUACUCUGCUCUGAGUGAGGGCUUCACAGCCAAUAAUAUUAUAUUACAUAGAAAAAUUCUGCUGGCCAUCUCAGGAUGUCUCGUCUGCUGUAUUAUAAUCCUGAUCAUUGGGGGCCUCAUUCUAAGAUUCACCUGUAAACCAGAGAAAAAAGAAACUGUACAAGAGGACUUGUUUUUUUCAAUGGCAGACUCCAAGAACCAAUCUGCUUCACCCCUGGAGGAGUACAUGGGCAACAGUUCCACAGAGAUGAAAGAAUGUGAGGAAAAAGAAGAACUGCUCACUGAUCAUGUUUCAGCCAUUCAUGAAGAUGAUGUGAUUAAAGAUGAAGACUCACCAGCGGCAGAAGCUAAUGGCCUGACAUCAUUUAAAGGACUCUGAACUAUUAUGUCAGCAAUCAACAUCAUGAAGGAGUUUCUAUAUUUGCACCGAGGGAUCUAAAUGGUGUGCUUAUAUUAAGAAAGAUUGCAUUAGCAUAGCACUUUGUCUAGUAGCAGCUGCACUGUUGCAUACUUUUAAAGGCUGAAAACCAGCUUGUUUGCAGCUUGAGAAAAUGUAGAAUUG